AUGCAACAACUGAGAGGAGUUCGUAAUGGAGGAGGGAUCAUAUUGAAUCCAGAGUUCAACAAUGGAAUUGAAGGGUGGAAAGUGUUUGGAGGAGGCGAAAUAAAGCAAGGGUCUUUGAAACAAGACAACCACAUCAAUAACUUCAUUGUAGCUCACAAGAGGGCUCACCCAAGGGAUAGUCUCUAUCAGUUGGUUCAUCUCCAACAUGGAAAGCUCUAUAGUUUCUCUGCUUGGGUUCGACUAAGUGAAGGAAGCGCACCUGUGGCUGUUCUAUUCAGAAACAGUAAAGAUGGUCAGAUUCUUCAUGGUGGUGAAACCAUAGCCAAACAGGGCUGCUGGAGUUUGCUCAAAGGUGGCAUUGUCUCUGAUUUCACAGACCAUGCGGAGGUCUUUUUUGAGAGUGAAAAUACAUCAGCAGAAAUUUGGCUCGAUAAUGUCUCACUGCAACCAUUUACAAAGGAGCAAUGGCGAUCCCACCAAGACAGUAGCAUUAACGAGGUGAGGAAAAGCAAGGUGAGGCUGCAAAUAACUCAAGCAGACAACAGUAAACUAGCAGGUGCAAAAGUCUUCCUCGACCAGAAAAAACCAAACUUCCCAUUUGGGGCAGGAAUGAACCACCACAUUCUCUCCAGCAAAGAAUACCAAGAUUGGUUUGCAUCAAGAUUUUCUUAUGCCACUUUUACAAAUGAACUUAAGUGGUACAGCACUGAGAUAGAACCAGGCAAAGAGAACUACACCAUCCCUGAUGCGAUGCUUGAGUUUUCCAAUCAACAUGGUAUUUCAGUAAGAGGACACAACAUUUUCUGGGACAAUCCCAAGUUUCAGCCACAAUGGGUCAAGUCACUCUCCCCUGCAGAUUUGAAGAUAGCAGCAGAAAAAAGAAUCAACUCCGUGGUUAAGAGAUAUUCUGGAAAGUUUAUCCAUUGGGACGUCAUGAAUGAAAAUGUACACUUCAGAUACUUUGAGGACAAACUCGGUGAAAAUGCCUCAGCAGAGUACUUCAACACAGCACAUAAACUUGACAGUAAGACACUUCUUUUCGUGAAUGAAUACAAUACCAUGGAACAUGCUAGUGAAACGACAGCAAGCCCAGCUAACGUAAGAAAGAAACUCUUCCAAAUCCUAUCAUAUCCCGGGAACGAAAAUAUUCCAGCAGGAAUCGGCUUGCAGGGCAACUUCGGCCCUGAUCCGCCAAACCUACCAUACAUGAGAUCCGCAUUGGACUAUCUAGGAUCAACAGGCUACCCCAUAUGGAUCACAGAAGUGUUUUAUUACAAAACUCCAAAUCAGGCACAAUACUAUGAGGACGUUCUAAGAGAAGGAUACGCACAUCCUGCAGUGAAGGGGAUAAUCACAUUUGCAGGCCCAUUAUCGGCGAAUUUCACUACCCUGCCGCUUGUGGAUCUGAAUUUCAAGAACACCCCAGCAGGAGACGUUGUCGAUAAGCUUCUUGCUGAAUGGAAAUCGCCCAGCUUGGAAAUUACAGCCGAUGGUGAAGGUUUUGUUGAAGCUUUGUUGUUCCAUGGAGAUUACAAUGUAACAGUGCAGCACCCUGGAACCAAAUCCGCCACUUCUGUUAGCAUUAGAGUGUCUGAAGAUGCCGCUUAUCAGACCUUCAAUGUCCAACUCAGCCAUAAUUGAACCAAUUGUAGUUAAAUAAUAAUUUAACUAAUAAAAAUACACAUGUCUAUUUUCGUCUA